AUGCUGGGACGAAGGUCGGAACGGAAGAAGUCCCGUGGUGGGCCACGCGGUGUUGCGAGAGGUGUGGGCAGGUAUUUUUGGGGUUUGGCGCUCCUGUCCGCCGCGUGCCUUUCUCUUGCGGCGACCCUGUGGCAGAGUGGAGGCGCCCACAGCCCAUCGUCUUUCGUGUGGGUGAACGGCACGCGGGACCUGCUUUCUGAGCUGCGGCUGGCGAGGGAGGUGGGGAAUGCCACCACCAUUAGUCGCGUCGCCGAUUCCAUGAUGGAGGUUGGCUUGGCGCUGGAGAGCACUUUGGCCGGCGCAGCGGAUAAGGCAACGGCGAUAGCCGCAGAAAAGGAUGUGCUGCAUGCAGCGGAAACGUAUCGGUUGGCAACCGAUUUUGUUCUGGAAACGCUCUCUCCCGUGCUACAGGCGAAAUCCGCGGAUGCCGUCCCGCAGAAGUACUUUGCCGAACCCAAGUUCCUUUGGCGGUGGGUGGCGGUUGCAGCCUAUGCCUUGACUACCGCAUUGCCGGAGUACUUUCUCGCUCUGGAUGACGCAGGGGCCCACGGCGAAGCCCUCGUGGCAGGAUUGCAGUUGUUGCUAAAUGCGUCGAACGCUGCUGCUUCGGCGUCGUCUCCUUUUGUGCCGAGUGCCCACACGCCCCUUGUAGAGUGCGCUCACUACGAGCGGAAUAGCCGCUGGAGGAAGUUCUGCAGCAGUGGGUUUUCGAGCCUCAACGGUUUGGAGGUUCGCCGUGCCGCGAUUCUUGAGGAACUCAUAGCGCUCCACCCCGACUACGCCCCGUUGAGACUUCACUAUGCCGUCGCUCUCUCACUGGGCCGCCAGACUGCAAAGUCAGACGUCGUUCUCGCGUUGCUGGAAAGGGAGCGUGGGAAGCUUCACACCCGAACGCAUGUCGACCCCUUGCACGGGGCAUUGCUGGGACUCUGCGAGGUCUUUAGAUCUUCGACGGGGGAAACGGAACGUGCGGAAAGGGCGGCGAGGGCUUUGGAGGGAAUGCGUCAAAUCGGCACGUGUGCUCGACUCCUGCAGCCCUUUCAUGCGGACAUGGACAGCUGGCGGCACCGCUUCCAUGGGCAAGACCGGCCAGAUGUGAUGGACAAGCGACAGGCAAGACGGCUCUUGGACGUCACGCAGAAAGUUUUGGAGGAGAAUGGCAUGUUGGAGUCCCUGCCCGCUGGACUAAGAGCGUGCGGCGAAAAAGAUUGA